CGGCACUAUUGGACGCAGGGCAGAGGACAGCCAAUACACCUCUGUAUUUGUUCUGUUCCGUGGAAUCUGAAUCUGUGUUGUGAUUGAUGCAGAGGAUCUAGCCCUCCCUCCGAUGUUGCUCUUCUCCAAGUUCAGGAAAGCAUUGCAGAUCCCCUGCGGAUUCCGGCGACACCUCCGAAGACUCUGUGUUCCGUCCGAGGAACGUGUCUCAUCAAACCCGCAACUGAGUCUUCGUUUCUGCAUGUGGGUGGCUCUCAAGUUCGAGAGCAUUGAAUCUCGAGAUUACUAUGACUUGGUGACUGAUGUUCUUUGCGUUAACAACUGGCUUUCUCUUUACUGGGGGGCUCUUGAGUUGCUUAAGAAAUCUGGGGUUUUGAUAACUUCUGAUUCUGUUAGAUUUUUGAUUAGGUCCUAUAGGCGAAUUGGUCUCCCCGAGAAGGCGAUAGAGUCAUUUGGAAGAAUGAGUGAAUUGGAUUGUAAGCCCGAUUCUCAUGCCUAUAACACCAUUUUGGUUAUUGCGUUGAAGAAAGAGUUGUUGUUGCUGGCUCUUGGGGUGUAUAAUUUGAUGCUUAAGUCUAAUUGUUGUCCCAAUGAGUAUACUUAUAACCUGUUGAUUGGUGGGUUUUGUAGAAGUGAUGAUGUUAAGGGUGCGCUUGAGAUGGUUGAUGAGAUGGCCCAAAGGGAUGUAUUGCCGACUGUCUUUACGUAUACCACUAUUCUUUCUGGUCUGUGUAAUGGGAAGAAGGUUGAUGAGGCACAAAGGUUGUUUAAUGGGAUGAUGCAAAACGGGUGCCAGCCUGAUUUGAUUUCUUAUAAUGUUUUAAUUAAUGGGUUUUGCAAGAUGGGUAGGUUAGACGAAGCCAUUUCGAUGCUACGGUUGUUAGAGAGAGAUGGGUAUGCCCUUGGAUUAUCCAGCUAUAGUUCUCUGAUUGAUGGCUUUUUUAGGGCUAGGAGAUACAAUGAAGCAUAUUCAUGGUACACGAGGACGCUUAAGGAGGGGAUUAAGCCAGAUGUUGUUUUAUACAGCAUUAUGAUAAGGGGUAUGUCGAAUGAGGGGAGGGUGGGAGAAGCUGUCAAGAUGUUAGAUGAGAUGAACGAGAAAGGCAUAGAUCCUGAUGCUCAUUGUUACAAUGCAGUUAUUAAAGGUCUCUGCGACAUUAAUCUUUUGGAUCAAGCUCAAUCUCUCCAACUUGAGAUUUCUGAGCAUAAUCAGUUUCAUAAUGCUUGCACGCAUACCAUUCUUAUCUGUGACAUGUGUAAGAGCGGAAUGGUUGGCGAGGCGAAGGAAAUAUUUAAUCAGAUGGAGAAGCUUGGAUGUUUUCCUACAGUUGUGGCCUUCAAUACCCUUAUAAAUGGACUGUGCAAGGCUGGCGAACUUAAGGAGGCACACCUUUUAUUUUACAAGAUGGAGAUUGGGAGAAGUCCUUCGUUAUUCUUCCGGCUUUCUCAGGGUUCUGAUCGGGUUUCUGAUAGUGCUGGUCUCCAGAAAAAAGUGGAACAAAUGUGUGAGACUGGACAAAUUUUGAAUGCUUACAAGUUUCUUAUACAACUUGCUGAUAGUGGGGUUGUGCCUGAUAUAAUGACUUACAACAUUCUAAUCAACGGAUUUUGCAAGGUCUGUAACAUUAAUGGUGCUUUGAAGCUUUUCAAGGAUAUGCAACACAAGGGGCUAUCACCCGACUGUGUUACUUAUGGGACACUAAUUGAUGGGCUUUACAGAGUUGGCAGAGAAGAGGAUGUCUUCAAGAUUCACGAGCAUAUGUUAACACAUGGGUGUGAACCUAGCUUGGCUGUUUAUAGAGCACAUAUGACUUGGUUGUGUAGAAAAAGGAAAAUCUCAAGGGCCUUCAGUCUUUAUUUAGAAUAUUUGAAGAACUUUCGUGGCAGGGAAGUUGAUUCAGUCAAUGCUCUGAAGGAAUGUUUUGUCAAAGGAGAAGUUGAACAAGCAAUUCAAGGUUUACUAGAACUGGACUUCAGGUUUGGAGAUUUGGAUGUAGCUCCAUAUACAAUUCUUCUUAUUGGAUUUUGUCAAGUAGAAAAAGUUGAUGAAGCGUUAAUUAUAUUUUCAAUUCUUGAUAAAUUCAAUAUCACUGUCAGUUCUACAAGUUGUGUACAUUUGAUCAGCAGUCUCUGUGCAGAAAAGAGGCUGGAAGAAGCCAUAGUUAUCUUCCUUUACACUCUUGACAAAGGUUUUGGGUUGAAGCAUAAAAUUUGUUGCCGGCUCCUGAACUGUCUUCUUGACCAAAAUAAAGUGGAGUAUGCCAUUGAUCUUAUUGGUAGGAUGAAGUUUGUUGGAUAUGAUUUAAAUAGCAUUGGUUAUCGUAGAACAAUGUCCCUUUUUCAUCAAGUACAGACUGAAAAGGACAAGCAGUAAAAAUUUGCUUCUCACACGAUUAAAUAUCACUGACUGAUCAAGAUGAAUGAAUUUCUUUAUUCAGCUCUUCACAUAUCCUCAUUAAGGAAAGUGGUUAUGAAUCAGGAGAUGAACCAAAGGGCCAUUAUUGCUGGGACAAUUUCUUUUGCUUUGGCAUUCUGCAUCCUUGUCAUCAAAAUCCGGUACGACCCUUCAUUUCAGGCAUUUUUGGGUUUUCUGGUUGUUGUAUGCUUCAUUACAUUUCUUCCUAUCUGCCUAAGAACCUUUAGGAAAACAUUAGCGAGAAAGAGGGAAAGAAGAAUGUCAUUGUUCACAUGGACAUUCUUUAUGGCGAUAUCUCACAUAUUGUACAGUGUCAGGCAAAGGUGUACCAAAGAUAGUCACGAUCUGAUCCUGAAUGAGAAGUUCUUGCUAAUGAUAAAUUUCAUGGGAUUUCAAUUAGCCUUCCAUGUCUUUUCACAUUUUAACAUCCAAUGAUCAAAAUUUAGUGAAUAGACAUUGUUACUUGUGUUUAUCCCCAAAAAGGAAAAAACAACAUUUAUUUUAUUACUUGUUCAAUUUCAGUGUGUAUAUAUCAAAUGCAAGGUUUAGUUGUAUAUUACUAGGUUGCUUACGAUUUUCUUUGUAAAUGGAUUCUAUGCCUCACAUAGUUGGUUACUUAAGUAAGUUGAAAUGCUAAAAUGUGGUUUAUGUA